AAUUGAAAUUUCAAUGCGUUUUAUAUUAAUAUUUUUAAUAAUUGGUGAAUUUAUAAGAUAUUUUGUGCAUUUUGUGGAAGCAACCAAUUUUGUUUUGCCAGAAGAAUCAUAUAUGGAUAUAUCUGCAGCCGUUGCAAUUCCACUUGAUAAAGAUCAAAAGAGCAUAUCAUUAUCAUUUCUUUUUACGGGUAAUUAUUAUUUUGAAAAUAGUUAUGUUGAGCACGAAGGUGAUAUACCUACAAUUAUGAGCAGAAAUAAGGACAGAAAAAUUAAAAUUGAUCGUAAAAUGUUUUAUCACAAUGUUCAAUCACAUUUAGAAAAGUAUGGUUUUUCGGGACAUGACUGCCUGUUACGUAUCAUUUGUGAAAUCUCGAAUAUCGACUUAAGUUAUAAUGGUGUUUUGGGUAGCAUAUUGUCUGUUUUAUUUAGGCCAUCCACAUCUAUUAACGAAUUUGGUAAUCGAACUGAUUUUAAUGAAGCUGAGAAAUUCGGCCAAAUGGGAAACUGUGCACGUUAUUUGGAUAAAUGUACAUUUAACUUGCUAAAUGAAUUAUCUAUACUUUUUUGA